CUGAAGGAGGAGCAGCUGAUCGCCUCAACACGCGAGGCAGAAACCACACGAAGACUCCUCAUUGUCCUCGUCACCGUGACCAUGAGUUCCCUAACUGGUCAAUGCAGCACCAUCCAGGAGCAGAGGGACCGCUGGGAGAGGAAACGCAGCCGAACAGCCAAAGAGUUGGUGAAGACGGAACAGAUUUACUGCGAACAGUUGAAGCUGGUCACCACUUACUUUGUGGAGAUCCUGAAGGCCAAAGGAACCCUGAGGCCGGACAUUAGAGAAAACAUCUUCAGUUCAAUUAAAGAAAUUCAUUCCGUAAACCAAUCACUUUUGGUCCAUUUGGAGAACGGCUACUUUGGCCGAGGUUUCGACCAGUUCUGUCCACAUCUGCAGCACUACAACACGUAUGUGGACAACAUCUAUAAUGCCAGCAAAGUGCUCGGGAUCCAGCUGAAGAAGAACAAGGCCUUCAGACGUUUCAAGAAACUGCAGGAAUCCCGAGCAGAGUUCAACGACCACAACCUGGAGGAUUUACUGCAACUUCCUGUUCACCGGAUUGAUCAGUAUAUGCAUUUCUUACAGGACCUGACUGCCAACACCACUCCAGACAACCCGGAGUUUGAGCAGCUUUCAAGGGCGGUGACCGCGGUGAGCGAUGUGUCCCAGCGCAUCCAGAACAAUACCAGGCGCCAUGAGAACCACCUGCAGCUUUGCCGUGUGCAGAAACUGCUGAAAGGACGGAGUACAAAGGUGCUGGCUGCAGGGAGGUGGUACAUCCGGGAGGGCUGGCUGAAAAUGGUUCCUCCGAAAGGCAAGGAGGCUAAGCCCAAGAUGUUCUUCCUGUUCUCCGACAUGCUGCUGCAGGCCAAACGCUGCAGUCCCCUGGAUCCCACCAAUGGAGACAAGUUCACCGGCCAGCACAUGUUCCCCCUGAAGGCCUGCUCUGUGGAGAAGGUGUUUGGACACACCAAGAGCAAAGGAGGCCUGCUCAGCUUAACCUUCCCCAAAGCCAAACUCCUGCUGAUGUCCACCAACCAGGAGGAUCUGAAUGACUGGUACCAAAGCCUGAGCUCAGCAAUCAGGAAACUGCAGUCUAAAGAGACCGUGGUCUAUCAAAGAGCUGAGCCGCCGCGCCAGAGAGCCCUUCAGGCCGCCGCUGACAGCCACAACACACCGAGCAGCAGCAGCAGCAGCAGCAGCCACCCUGUCAGGAAGAGAAACAUGGAGACCAGUGAGGACAGGGAAUACGCUCAGAAGCCUCCAGUUGAGUGGGAGGGCAGCGCCCCCAAGAGGAUGAAGCAGUCUGAUGCUCCAGAGCAGAGUGUGGAGGCGUCCACCUCUGGCUGUGUGAUCCUCUGAUGGAGCGACUGGUCUUCAGCGUCUCCGUGGAUCCAGGACGGUUCAGUCUGAGAGUUUCGUUUCAGACUGACGUCUGUGUUCCACUCUGCAACACGACACUCAUGCUACUGUUUGUCUGAGCUGCUCACAGCUUCCUUUUUAUUCCUUCACUGUUCUAACAUGAGGUCUGGAGAAGUCUGGCUUGUUACUAACAGCAGCUUCAGCCUCUGCUCACCCUGUGCAAUAUAAAGUAUCGUCGAUGUGCUGCUUUAAAACCAAAUAUCUGAUGAAUGUUCACCACUUCUGUCCUUAUUCACAGUCUGUGCCUAAAUGUACAUCUUCCACUCAUCUUUUUAUUUUAGUCUGGAUUUUAUAUUACAUUUACUGGCCGACUGUAGACACAAGAAAUGAAAAGAAUAACCAGCGUGGCUUUGAUCUUCUCCUGCGCUCACUUUUCUCUGUAAUCCAAAGUGUUACAACAUGUAAGUAGUGAUUAUGUAUGGAAAUACAAA